CUCGUGCUGCUGCUGGAUCGGGGGAGGACCGCCGAGGCCGACGCGACCCCUCCCGGCCGCGCCUUUUCUCCCGACGCGGCUGCCGAGGAGUCCUUUGCCCCGCGCCGCUGCCUCGGGCGCGGCUAAUCCCGAACGACGACGUCCCUGGCGCAGUCGGGCGUCGGGCGGCCCCCAGAGCUAUGCCACCCCUCGCGACUGCGCCGGGAUCGGUGAGAUGAUUAUUGCAACAAUGCAGCACGGAUGCCCGGCGAUCAUCGGAGGGCCCAGGGGGUGCAGACUGGCACGGCAUCCCUGGCGCUCCUGGCAGAUGGCGUACCGGCAGAGGGGGAUCGCCCCAGAGGAGCUGCGCGCCGAUAUCGCGCGGACCAGCUCUGCGUGCAACUGCAAGCGUGGCUGAGGAGCUUGUUUGUGUUGGUUGGUGUCUUUCAAAUGCA